AUGUCCGAGAAUAACACACACUUCUCAUUUCCAAAGGAGGAAGAAAAAGUUCUAGCCCUUUGGGAUGAAAUCGAUGCUUUCCAUACUUCAUUAGAAUUGACAAAGGACAAGCCAGAGUUUUCAUUUUUUGAUGGACCACCAUUUGCCACUGGUACUCCACAUUACGGUCAUAUCCUUGCAUCCACUAUCAAAGAUAUUGUUCCAAGAUAUGCUACUAUGACAGGCCACCAUGUUGAAAGAAGGUUUGGGUGGGAUACGCACGGUGUUCCAAUUGAACAUAUCAUUGACAAAAAAUUGGGUAUUACUGGCAAGGACGAUGUCUUCAAGUAUGGUCUUGAAAACUACAACAAUGAGUGUAGAUCGAUUGUUAUGACUUAUGCUAGUGACUGGAGAAAAACUAUUGGUCGUUUGGGUCGUUGGAUUGAUUUCGAUAACGACUACAAGACUAUGUAUCCAUCUUUUAUGGAAUCCACAUGGUGGGCUUUCAAGCAACUUCAUGAAAAAGGGCAAGUUUACCGUGGAUUUAAGGUGAUGCCUUACUCUACUGGUUUGACUACGCCAUUAAGUAAUUUUGAAGCUCAGCAAAAUUAUAAAGACGUCAACGAUCCAGCUGUUACGAUUGGUUUUAAUGUCAUCGGUCAGGAAAAAACUCAAUUGGUUGCAUGGACUACUACGCCAUGGACUUUACCUUCUAAUUUGGCGUUAUGUGUCAACGCUGAUUUCGAAUAUGUAAAGAUUUACGACGAAACCAGGGAUCGUUAUUUCAUCCUAUUGGAAUCUUUGAUAAAAACCCUGUACAAGAAACCAAAGAACGAAAAGUACAAAAUUGUGGAAAAAAUCAAAGGUUCUGACUUGGUUGGUUUGAAGUACGAACCAUUGUUCCCAUAUUUUUCCAAACAAUUCCGUGAAACUGCUUUUAGAGUCAUAUCUGAUGAUUAUGUCAGCAGUGAUUCUGGUACUGGUAUUGUUCAUAACGCUCCAGCCUUCGGUGAAGAAGAUAACACUGUUUGUUUGAAGCACGGCAUCAUAUCAGAAGAUUCCGUUUUGCCUAAUCCUAUUGAUGAUCUUGGUAGAUUCACCAAGGAGGUUCCCGAUUUCGAAGGUGUUUAUGUCAAAGACGCUGAUAAGUUGAUUAUCAAGCAUUUAACUAAUACUGGCAACUUGUUACUUGCUUCCCAAAUCCGCCAUUCUUACCCAUUUUGCUGGAGAUCUGACACCCCAUUAUUAUACCGUUCCGUCCCAGCUUGGUUUGUUCGUGUUAAAAAUAUUGUUCCACAGAUGUUAAAUUCUGUUAUGGAAUCUCAUUGGGUUCCAAACACUAUCAAGGAAAAGAGAUUUGCCAACUGGAUUGCGAAUGCUCGUGACUGGAAUGUCUCCAGAAACAGAUAUUGGGGUACACCAAUUCCAUUAUGGGUUUCUGACGAUUUCGAAGAAAUUGUUUGUGUUGGUUCUGUUAAAGAACUGGAAGAACUGACUGGUGUACGCAAUAUUACUGACUUGCAUCGUGAUGUCAUUGACAAAUUGACAAUACCAUCCAAACAAGGAAAGGGCGACUUGAAGAGAAUUGAAGAAGUCUUCGACUGUUGGUUUGAGUCUGGUUCUAUGCCUUAUGCUUCUCAACAUUAUCCUUUUGAGAACACUGAAAAGUUUGACCAAAGAGUUCCAGCCAACUUUAUCUCUGAAGGUUUAGAUCAAACAAGAGGUUGGUUUUACACGUUAGCUGUUUUGGGUACGCAUCUGUUUGGGGCCGUUCCAUACAAAAAUGUUAUUGUCUCUGGUAUAGUCCUAGCUGCAGAUGGUAGAAAGAUGUCCAAAUCCUUGAAGAAUUAUCCUGAUCCAUCAAUUGUCUUAAACAAGUAUGGUGCAGAUGCUCUAAGAUUGUACUUGAUAAACUCACCUGUUUUGAAAGCCGAAAGUUUGAAAUUCAAGGAAGAAGGGGUUAAAGAAGUUGUUUCCAAGGUAUUACUGCCUUGGUGGAAUUCCUUUAAGUUUUUGGACGGUCAAAUUGCCUUAUUGAAAAAGACAUCUGAUAUUGAUUUUAAAUACGAUGAUUCCAUGAAAAGUGAUAAUGUUAUGGACAGAUGGAUUUUGGCCUCUAUGCAAUCUCUAGUACAAUUCAUUCAUCAAGAAAUGGGUCAAUACAAGUUAUACACUGUCGUUCCAAAAUUAUUGAAUUUCAUUGAUGAGUUGACUAACUGGUACAUUAGAUUCAAUCGUCGUCGUUUGAAGGGUGAAAAUGGCGUUGACGACUGUCUAAAAGCAUUGAAUUCUUUAUUUGAUGCCUUGUUCACAUUUGUGCGUGCCAUGGCUCCAUUCACCCCAUUCUUAUCAGAAAGCAUUUAUUUGAGAUUGAAGGAAUAUAUUCCAGAAUCCGUAUUAUCACAAUACGGCAAAGACGGAAGAUCAGUGCACUUCUUAUCAUAUCCAGAAGUAAAAAAGGAGUACUUCGAUGAAGCCAUUGAAACUGCAGUUGCCAGAAUGCAAUCUGUUAUCGAUUUGGGUAGAAACAUUCGUGAAAAGAAAACCAUUUCUUUGAAAACCCCAUUGAAAACUUUGGUCAUCCUACACAGCGACGAAUCAUACCUAGAGGAUGUGGAAGCUUUGAAGAACUAUAUUAUUGAAGAAUUAAAUGUUCGUGACGUUGUUAUCACCUCCGAUGAAGCUAAAUACGGUGUUGAAUACAAAGCCGUUGCUGACUGGCCAGUAUUGGGUAAAAAGUUGAAAAAGGACGCAAAGAAGGUCAAGGAUGCCUUACCAUCAGUUACUUCAGAGGAAGUACGGAAAUACUUAGAAAGCGGUAAGUUAGAAGUCGCCGGUAUUGAAUUAGUUAAAGGUGAUUUGAACGCUAUUAGAGGUUUGCCAGAAUCUGCAAUUCAAUCAGGACAAGAAACCAGAACCGACCAAGAUGUAUUAAUCAUCAUGGAUACAAACAUCUACGCCGAAUUAAAGAGUGAAGGUCUCGCAAGAGAACUGGUCAACAGAAUCCAGAAGUUGAGAAAGAAAUGUGGUUUGGAAGCCACCGACGACGUUUUGGUAGAAUACGAGUUGGUCAAAGAUACCAUUGACUUCGAAGCCAUUGUCAAAGAACAUUUUGAUAUGUUAAGCAAGACCUGUAGAUCUAACAUCGCCAAAUAUGACGGCUCAAAGACGAACCCAAUUGGUGACGAAGAACAAUCUAUUAAUGACACAAUUUUCAAACUAAAAGUGUUCAAAUUAUGA